GAAUUGAUCGGGCCACGUCGAGAAAAGCACCCACCCAUACGUUGUAGUGAACCAGUGCAGAGUAGACUCUCCACAAGGAUACAGAGACAGUAGGCUAUCACCUGAACUACCAUAAACCCUAUUAAGAGAUAUCAUUUACACUCCUGUUUAUUACAAUGGACUGCGCUUUUGAGCUCUUGGACGCUGUUGGUUUUCUGGAGAUUUGGCAACACUUUGAUGCAGACGAUAAUGGUUACAUUGAGGGCAAGGAGUUGGAUCACUUCUUCCGUCACAUGAUGACGAAAUUAGGUCCGGAGGAUAAAGUAACAGAGGAGAGGGUCCAGAGGCUGAAGCAGAGGUUCAUGUCAGCCUAUGAUGUCACCGCAGACGGACGCCUGCAGAUCCAGGAGUUGGCCGUGAUGAUCCUGCCACAGGAGGAGAACUUCCUACUGGUGUUCCACAGGGAAGCCCCUCUGGACAACAGUGUAGACUUUAUGAAGAUCUGGAGAAAGUAUGAUGCUGACAGCAGUGGAUACAUAUCAGCUGUGGAGCUGAAGGGUUUCCUGAAGGACUUGUUCCAGCAGCACGGGAAGGCUGUGUCCUCCAGCAAACUGGACGAGUACACAGACGCAAUGAUGAAGAUUUUUGACAAAAAUAAGGACGGUCGCUUGGAUCUGAACGAUUUGUCCAGGAUCCUGGCUCUAGAAGAGAAUUUCAUGCUUCAGUUCAAAAUGGACGCCUCCAGUCAAGAAGACAGAAAGAGAGACUUUGACAAAAUAUUCAACCACUAUGAUGUUAGUAACACCGGAGCUUUGGAAGGACCAGAGGUGGAUGGCUUUGUAAAAGACAUGAUGGAACUGGUCAGGCCCAGCAUCACUGGUCCAGAGCUGGACAAACUGAGGGCUGUGCUGCUGGGACACUGUGACGUCAACAAAGAUGGAAAGAUCCAGAGGAAUGAGCUAGCGCUGUGCCUGGGAAUGAAGCCCAAUAAGGCCUAGUCUUCCCCGUGCAGAGAAGACCUCUAACUACAGAUCCUUCCCUUCACUCUGAUACAUCCAGAACACCCAGAACGGAUCCUUCCCUUCACUCUGAUACAUCCAGAACACCCAGAACGGAUCCUUCCCUUCACUCUGAUGCAUCCAGAACACCCAGAACAGAUCCUUCCCUUCACUCUGAUGCAUCCAGAACACCCAGAACAGAUCCUUCCCUUCACUCUGAUACAUCCAGAACACCUAGAACUUUAUGUCCAAUCUUCAAAAACAAAGAAGACAACAGCUGCCAGUGUUUUAGCAUGUUGUAGAACAAGCACUGUUCUGAAUGAUAUCAAUUGUCUUUUCUUGUGACAGAUUCAAGAUAAUACAGAAUAACACAGGUAGCCUACUGGUAAAUUAAUACAGAAUAACACAGGUAGCCUACUGGUAAAUUAAUACAGAAUAACACAGGUAGCCUACUGGUAAAUUAAAGUGUAUCUAUUUGAAAAAGCAGGAGAAGGCUCAAUGUUCAAGACUGUGUUGUGAAUGAUGCUUAUAUUUUUAUGGUUGUGUUUUGUUGGCCUGGGCAUAGCUGGCUAUUGGACAAUUUGCAUGUAAGUGUAGUACUGUAUUGUACAUUAGGUGAGUUGCUGUUUUUAAUAUUAUAUGAUGAUGUUUAACAAUGAUAAUUAAAUCAAGAAUACUGGCA